AGAAAUUGGUAUAGCAUCUCUGAGCAGUGGACUGACUGGGUGACAGGGACCAUACAAUGCGUUGAAAAGUAUCUCACAUAUACCUCUUUAUUAGCGAUGCCUUCCUUAUAGCUAUGGACAUUCGGAUUGUUAAAGGGUGGACUGUCUCGUUAUUCUCGUUGGAGACCCGGACUGUUUGUCAAUGAGAUAUGUGGAGUCGCUCUAUCCAUCGGUAUUAACGCAGAAAAUACAAGAUGAAGAAGCAAUUCAAUCGAAUGCGACAGCUCGCCAACCAAACAGUGGGCAGAGCUGAAAAAACUGAAGUAUUAAGUGAAGAUCUGCUACAGGUGGAGAAGCGGCUGGAGCUGGUCAAACAGGUGUCCCACAGCACCCACAAGAAGCUGACUGCCUGUCUGCAGGGCCAACAGGGGGUGGAUGUGGAGAAAAGGUCUGUCAGAUCGCCCUCGAAAAAGCUGCCCCUUACAACGCUAGCGCAAUGCCUGGUGGAGGGAGCUGCAGUGUUGGGCGACGACUCACUAUUGGGGAAGAUGCUAAAACUGUGUGGCGAGACACAGGAGAAGAUGGCUCAAGAGCUCAUCCUGUUUGAGUUCACCAUUGACAGAGACGUGGUGGACCCCCUGUACGAACUAGCCGAGGUGGAAAUCCCCAACAUCCAGAAACAAAGGAAACAAUUAGCAAAACUGGUUCUGGACAUGGAUUCGGCACGCACAAGGUUCCACCAGUCCUCCAAAUCGGGUAUGUCCAGCAACGUGCAGCCAGGGGCCAAGGGCGAGCACCUCAGGGAAGAGAUGGAGGAGGCAGCCAAUCGAAUGGAGAUCUGUCGAGAUCAAUUAUCAGCAGACAUGUACAAUUUUGUGGCCAAAGAAAUCGACUAUGCAAGCUACUUUCAGGCAUUGAUAGAGGUGCAGGCACAGUACCACAGCAAGUCGUUAGAGCUCCUCCAGAACAUUCUGCCUCAGAUUAAAGCCCACCAGGAGACCUGGGUGGAGAAGCCGUGCUAUGGGAAACCCUUAGAGGAGCACCUAGCCCUCAGCGGACGGGACAUUGCCUUUCCUAUUGAAGCCUGUGUCACCAUGCUGCUGGAGUGUGGCAUGCAGGAAGAGGGCCUGUUCAGAGUAGCGCCGUCUGCGUCCAAACUGAAGAAGCUCAAGGCGUCUCUCGACUGUGGGGUGAUGGACGUUCAGGAGUAUUCUGUAGACCCUCACGCCAUCGCAGGUGCUUUGAAAUCCUACCUACGGGAACUCCCUGAGCCACUGAUGACCUUUGAACUUUACGACGAAUGGAUUCAAGCUUCCAACAUUCAAGACCAGGACAAGAGACUCCAAGCCCUCCUCACAGCCUGCGAGAAACUACCCCUGGCCAACGGCAACAACUUCAAGUAUUUAGUCAAGUUCCUCGCCAAAUUGGAUGACUACCAGGACGAAAAUAAAAUGACCCCUGGGAAUAUUGCAAUUGUCUUAGGCCCCAACCUGCUGUGGACAACACAGGAAGGGAACAUUACGGAGAUGAUGACCACUGUGUCCCUGCAGAUCGUAGGCAUCAUUGAGCCCAUCAUCCAGCACGCUGACUGGUUCUUCCCUGGAGAGAUUGAGUUUAAUGUCACAGGAAACUAUGGCAGCCCGGUCCACACCAAUCACAACGCCAACUACAGCUCCAUGCCCUCUCCGGAUAUGGACCAUUCAGACCGCAAGCACAAUGAUCAGAGCCGACGCCCACUCAGUGUGGCCACCGAUAAUAUGAUGUUGGAGUUCUAUAAGAAGGAUGGCAGCGUUAGGAAAAUUCAAAGCAUGGGGGUCAGGGUGAUGGACACUUCUUGGGUGUCGCGCAGGGGCUCGUCGUCAGCGCGUAAAAGCUCCUCCACGCCCCUAGGUGUACAGCCCCCCCUCCCACCCUCAGACGCUCUCAUACCUGAGCAGGGGGAGAUCUCUGCGUCCCCCUCCCCAACCCUUCCUCCCGCUAGCAGUGACCGUGCCAGCUCCGAUGAUGCGUUGGACUCCUGUUAUGCCUACCCUUCCCCGGAAGAGGAGAGGCCCCCUCCCCCUUACCCCUCUUCCUCCUCUUGCUACCCGCCUCUUCACCAUUUCUACCCCCGAGCACCGCAGUGUGCGCGCCCUGUCGCCCCCGGUCCAGAGUCCGUGCCCCCUGGGCCGUCGCCCCCACCUCCCCCCGCUGGUCUUGCUACAGCCCUCCCCACUGCCCCCUCUUCGUGUCCCUCUCCCUCCCUCCAGCAGCUUGAUAUAAACUCUAACCCCAAGCCCUGCUCCCUGCACCUCCCCAAACAGAGCUCCCUGGCCGAAGCUCCGCAUGCGCCCCCACCGUUAGAAACUAACGUUUCCCCUCUCUACAUCAAAACCCCCCUCGUGCUAACCCGACACGACCCGUCCCUCGGUCCCCACACCUCUAACCUCCCCCUGUCCACACCUCCUCCGUGGGCCGCCUGUGCCUGUAGCCGAGAGAGAGGAGCCAAGCUGACUAGUACUCUGAAGAACAAUGAGCUGUCUCCAGUGAUUGGACAGAAGGGCUUCCAGGGAACAGCACUCUCUGGUGGGCUGUCACAGCACUCUUCUGACCAUAGCCCUCACACCCUGAGAAGAGCUAAGAAGCUGGCCCCCAUCCCACCUAAACCCUACUCUCAGUCUGGGGGAAUGUCGGACCAGUCUACAGGUCAGCCGUCUCCAGUCAGCCUGUCCCCCACCCCUCCUAGUACCCCCUCCCUGUACGGCUUCAGCUACCCCCAGGGCUACGCCACCAUCGGCUCCCCGGGACAGGCCCAGACCGCCACCCCCUCUCUCUCCUCCCCUCCCUCGCUAGCCGGCACCCUCACCAAGGCUAGGCCCACUCCCAAGCCUCCUCGGCAGAGGCCCAGCCUACCCCCGCCGCAGCCCCCCAGCACCCCUGGCUCCAGCCCCCAACCUCUUGAGCACGGUGGCGGCCUUCUGGAUGGAUUGUCUCCUGGAGAGAGCAUGUCCACAGACUCUUUCUGCAACCUGGAUAUCCCCAUCAUUAACGUAGAACUGGAUGGCAUCUUUGAUGAGCCCAAGAUGGCCCCCUACAGGAACUCAGUGGCGGUGGUCCGGCCAACCCCUAAGGCCGAGUCAGAGGAAGAGUCUGAGAGCACGAUACUAUGACAUCACAAGUUUCCACGCCCAGCCCUAACUAUUCCAACCCGUCUCCAGGACCCGUUCUCUGACCUUUGACCCAAUGGGGACUCACUCCAGACCUCACCUCCACCCAUAGAGACCAAGUACCACGCUCAGCCCUGUAAAUCAAAGUCCUUCUCCAAAAAAAUGUAAUAGACAUGAAUACAGAAAAUACCCAUAUCCACAUCCAGAGGGUUUCCGACUGAGACAAUGGGGGUUGAAACUUUUGAUUCAGAGAAAGGGACCGAAUGCUAGGUUUUUAUGUUGACUAGAUUCCAUUGAUUCUAUCUGGGGUGCAUUCAUUUUUAAGGAUUUAUUUAAAACAAUUUUGUUUAUACAUCUUUUAUUUUUGCCUUAUUUGAGUCAUUUGCAAUAUUGCCUUUAACUUACAAGACAUGAAAACAAGUGGCUUGGUGCAAUGGGUUCUCCUCUUGUGAGUGUGGUAGGAAAGGAAGGGGACAGGUCAUCUCUGAUUUCCUCUCCCUGUCACCAAGGCUAUAGCAUUCCUUUUGACGCCUAAACCCAUCCUUGUACUCUUGAGUUCACUGGCAUUCUGGCAACCCCUUGUUCCGUCCUGGCUGAACGUGUAUGUGUGUUUGUGAAUUGUGUGAUGUGUUUGGAAAUGUGCUGCAUCAUUGAGUGGCGAGUUCUGCCAUAGUCUGUGAGUGAAAAUAUAACGGUACUGCAAGACCAGUUUGAGCUUGAAUUCGCAAUCACAUUCUUCAAAGGGGGGUUUAAGAUUACAUUUGGCUGUUAGAGGGGAAGUUAAGUCAGGAUAAUAUAUGAUUGACUAUUUAAAAUGACGGUUUAUACUGUACAUUUCAGAGUAUAUGAUAUUAAUAGAGAUACAGGAGUUAUUAUGAGUCAUAUAAUAUAAGAAUUCAACCAUAAGAGAUACAGAUAUUCUACUGUAUAUAGAACUAUAAAUACAGUAUACAGAUAUUAUAUAGUCUAGCAUGUACUUGACUGUACAUUAUCAUAGGAGAGGCUUGGAGCUCAGUGGGAGAAAUCUGCAUGUCUAUGUUGUAGUAGAGGGAAUAGAGCAUAGACACAGAAUAAACAGAAUACUUAUAAAUGGAUUGCUGAAUAGUGAGUAUGAGUGGACUUUACAGAUGUAGGAUCGUAAUUUGAUCACCCUGUUGCAGGAGAACUUUUCUUCAAUGUAGGAAUUUCUUUAACUUGAAGUGUAUUUGAGGUAUUACAAGGCUUCUGAAGUUUGUCAUUUCCACUUUGAAAUUUCAGACUUGAUUUUCCCUUACGAAAAAUGUAUCAACCCCUACAAAAACAUCCAUUAGUUAUAAUCCACAUAAUAAUUGACAUUUCCUGUUGCUGCAGGAUUUUUUUUUCCUGCUGUAGCAAACUGGCUCAAAUUAACACCCUUUGUCUGUAUACCUCCUCUCUGUGGUCUCUGUAACUCUGUUAAUGAGCGCCCUGAGACUUCUCUGGCAAGAGCCUGUCACUGGGGAGCCGGCUCAGCUGUUUGAAAGCAAAUAUUGGAAACUCUUCUGAGAGUGAGUGUGUAUAUGGGUGCAGUUCUGUGCCUGUGUGUGUGGGUGUAAUCCGGAAUAUAGGUACAUUUCUUCUGGUGCGAGAAUAUAUGUUUAUAUUCUAUCAUGCAGCGAAUGAGAAUAGGCUCUCAUUGAAAUUAUACAGAGGUUUCUGUUUCAGUUCCCCCACCACACAAUUAAAAAAAACAAUACUUUCACAAUGAGGAAUGUGAAGUAUUUCUUAUUGUGAUGAAAGUAUUUACUGUAUACCGAUGAUUACGGUGCAGAGGAGUUGGAUUGACAUCCACAGCACAAAAGACCAAUGGUCCAAUCGGUUUAUCCGGUGUUGGGGUUCAAAGGUGAGGCGCCCGCCCAUGACCUAUACAGACCUAUGACUUUUUCUCCUUCGAAAUGUUCCAUCCAUAACACUGAUUAUUGCCUGGAAGCCACAACAAACGCUACCCUUUCAUGCACUUAUGUUCAAGUGCUAUAUAUUUUAUCCAUCACAACACUAUUGUAAAUACUGACGCCUCUGUAUAUGUGUGUGUAUAUAAAACAGGGGGAGAGGAUCAAAUAUAUAUUAAGAUAAGAAAAAUAUAAAUAUUGACUGAAAGUAUUUAUGUAUUGACAUGUCCGUGUUGUUCUGGUCCUGACCACAAUAUUGCCAGAUUCACACUUAACGAAAUGCAGUAAAGCUUUGCACGGUUAUCAGCCGCAAGCUUUAAAUAGUACCAUAUAACACGGACAUAGAUUAAAGGUUAAAUCUAUUUUCUAGGAUGGUUAGUGCAGAGUCAUCAGCCGGGAGCUUAAUAAUACAGUAUGUCUGAAUGGAAAGUGCUGCAUCACUGUGUGUUUCCACUAGUCGACAGCCUGACCAGUAGAGCUAUUGUAAGGGAUGUAUUUGUGAUUGUCAAUAGGUAAGUUAGAAGGGGACCACCAUCCCUCGAGGCAAAAAAACAGUUGAGUCGACCUAGUUAUUCCAACCUUACAGUACAGAGUAUGUUCCCCAGUGUAGAAGACAAAUAUCCUCCCCUGAAAGCAAUAUAGUUCAACGCAAUGCUGAGUAGACAAUUCCAGAAGAAAAAUGUUGAAUUUCAAAAUGAUAAGAGAAAGUGCAAUUACAGUAUUUGUGAACACAGAAACAGAGAAACCUCAAAGAUGAAGGGGGUCCCACUCUCUUUAAAAUGAUUUGAAGUUUUUUACAGUUUAUAUUGAUGUUUUAUUGCUUUUGUCUUUUGUAUCAUUACUUGCAACAAAUGCCAACCAUGGCAUAUGAUUUUGAGGAUUCAAAAAAUUAUAAAAUAGACAAAAAUGCAUUGACAUUUUUGAAGGCUGUUCUUACAAUUUGGAUGUUGAAGUGAAUGUUCAGUUAUGUGUCUAUCUGGACUUCUGUCUGUGGUGAUAAUGUGCUGUUCUGUUGCUGUUCUGUAAAAGGGGUUGUCUUCUUUUUAUGAAGUGAUGGUUUGUACAUAUUUAUUGAACACACAACUUUAUUAAAAGCAGAAAUCCUGUGUACCAAGGGCAGUUGUUGGUAAGAGAGAUUCCUCAAACUAUUUCCACUGUUACAGUUUUUCUAAGCAUGUCUGUUGAGUUACUGUAAGAGAAAAGGCCUUUUUUAAAUGAAUAGGUGGAAUGUACUGGUGACUAUUUGGACUGUUUGCCUCAGGUUGUUUUUAGGGGGAAUUCUCUGUGUUGUGGAUGUAGUUUUAACAGGAUGGAAAGAUGUUUGGUAGUGAUGUGAAUAGGCUUGGGGGUUAUGACUAGACAUUGUCCCACGUGUGAAAAUCAGCAGCAUGCUUUGUCAUCAUGCUUGUGAAAUUUGUCUUACCUUUGGUCCUAUUUACCUGUGCUUGUCAUAUUUAUUUUUAUAGGUGAAAAGAAAAAGAGCCUUGCAAUGCAGGUAGAAUUAUUCAGUUCUGCCCUGUCAGUUUAUCAGUCCACAGUUCCUGUUUUGCAUUUUUGUUGAGCUCCAACUUUUCAUCCAGUCAAUCAACUAUUCACCAAGCAGAGUCACAUCAAUAUAUGAAGUACUGUACAUCUAGAAGCAUGGCUUAAUAAUUGCCAAACUUAAUGACUUAAUACAACUCGGAGACAAUAUAGCAUCUAACUUCUAGCUUUUUUUGCCUAAUGAGUCAGGAACAGAUUGACAGUGAAACUGAAUGGAUGACUGGCAGUGUAUUUCUUUUUAUCUGCAAACAUUGAGUUAUUCUCUGAGGAUAGCCUUAUAUGGGCAUAAAUCAAUCCCAUUAUCCAUCAGAUGAAAAAACCCUCCUGCUUCAUAUUAGGCAAAACAAAGAUACACCUUUUUUGGUUGGCCAAUCAGCCAAGCCUGAAUAAAUGUGGGAUAAAACACA